UUCUCUAAGCAAAACUCCCUCAGUAGAGUACAGGGCAGAUCAUAUGGAGACCAACAGCAGAGAAGCACUUCAAGAAGACUACGAUGCAUUUGAUAUCUCUGAUGAGCUUGGAUUUAUCCUAGAAGAGCCACUGAAUCACCUUCCAGAUCACUAUCAGGUGUGGUUGGACCUGGCAAAUAAUCUCACACAUCUGAUAAAGUCACGUAAACUACGGGAUCUGGUUCACAAGAUGCCGGUGUUGAGUCCCAAUCUCCUGAGCAACCAUCGAGAGCUCAGGCUGGCUCACCUGGCGCUGGGAUUUAUCAGCAUGGGAUAUGUAUGGCAGGAAGGACAACAAUCACCUGCUCAGAUUCUUCCUAAAGCCCUGGCUUUGCCUUAUUGGCUGGUAUCUGAUAGGCUCGGCCUUCCUGCCAUCCUGACUUAUGCAGAUUCAGUUUUAUGCAACUGGAAAUUAAGGGAUCCCACAGGGGAUAUGGAAAUUGGGAACUUGGAUUUGAUAUUUUCCUUUCCUGGUGGGGAGAGUUGCAGGGGAUUUUUUAUUGUAUCUUUGUUGGUCGAGAUGGCUGCGAGUUCAGGCAUUACGGGAGCUCUGGAGGUGAUGCACGCCAUGAAAAUCUGUGACCUCAGCAGCCUACAGAGAGGUCUCGUGAAAGUGACUCAGUCUUUGAAGAAGAUGAAGGAAACUUUCAAACUUAUGCACAAUCAUGUGGAUCCAACUGCGUUUCAUGGAACAUUGAGAAUUUUUGUCUCAGGGUGGCGAGACAACCCCAUGCUUCCAAGGGGGCUGUUGUAUGAAGGUGUGAGCAAUGAGCCAAUUUUGUUAUCAGGCGGAAGUGCAGCCCAGAGUUCAGCCCUUCAGUGCUAUGAUGCGUUGCUCUGCAUCCAGCAUGACGAUGAGACAGGAGCCUUCCUGACACGCAUGAGGGAGUACAUGCCUCCCGCCCACCGUCGGCUGAUUGAGACUCUGUCUGUCUGUCCAUCUCUGCGAGACUUCAUCCUGUCCCACCCCAGCUCCGAUCUCUGCCAGGCAUUCAACUCCUGUAUCUCAGCGCUAGUAGAUUUAAGGAACUACCACCUCAAGACUGUGGCCAAGUACGUUAUUUUGCCCGGUUCUCAGGCCAUGGGCUGCCCGCUGAGAGGUGUUGGCACCGCGCUGAACACCACAGGGACUGGUGGAUCCAGCUUCAUGGUCUUCCUCAAGAGCACUCGCAAUGCCACUCAAAAAGCAUUGAUCCAAGAGAGGCCAUCUGCGUCAAGAGAAACCGAAAUAUGAUUUACAUUACAGUAUUAAUUAUAAUAUGCACAUUAUCCAACACCUUUUUAUACACUACGCUCUUGCUGUUCUAUUUAUAAAUGGAAUAAAAGUACAUGCUGUUUUUUUUA